CAAUAUAUCUGUAAAUUGACCAGAAACAUCAUAAAAAGUGGCAAAUCAUAAGAGAGCGUUGCAGACUUUCAAAGGUUUGUUAUUAGCAUUUAAUCACCAUUUGAAAUUUCAUGACUGUCAUUUGUGAGAAAUAAGGGUUCCAAUAAUACUACACAAUUGGCCAGUAAUUAAUUCUAUAAUCUUAAACACUAGCAAUUGUUAAGCCUACACUAACAACAAACUUUGCUAAUUUAAUAUCAUCUUCAGAUGCAUGUCAACAAACAGCAGUCUUGAUUACAAAGUGAAUUGCACCAUGGGAAGGCGGUAACAACACAUUGGUUAGAUCGAGUUGUUUUCUCCUCCUCUUUAGUAAUAAAAAUUUUCUGAAGUAGCCGUGUAAUCCCAUUAUACUUGAAAUCUUUUGUAGCGUCCACUUAUUAAUAAUGGAAUUUUUACUUGAACAUGUGUCUGAAAUUUGAAUCUGGAUACUGAAAUAAUCACCGUUGACCACAGGUUACCGAACAUCCACUUGCAGCAUUUUUCCGAAGGUGCAUUCCGUUAUCAUUAAUAAUUAGUUUGAAUUAAUAUUUCGUUAACCAUAAUCAUCAUCAUCGAAUUUACCUCCGGCAAUUAGUUUUCUAUGAUCGUCAGCGAAAGUUACAUGAUAGACAAAACGUUUCACGCCUGAUGGUGGUUCUUUACCCAGAGGGUGUUUAGGUAAUGCGCAGACGACACAUUUAUCAGUUAAAGUCCCCCGUCAGUCAAUCACUUGGAAAUCGGCCUCGACUUGAAGUUUUGUUUAUGUACUGAAAAGUUGUAUAGUUCUUUUUUGAUGUUUAUUGCAAAUUUAUGGUUUUUUCUUUAUGUUGUUAAGUCAUAAGAGAAGAAAAUUAAAAUUAUAACGGAGAAUUCGUUAUUAUUCACAAAAUUUUCAAAGUGUCCAAAUGAAAAUAAUGUCUACUUCGAGUGGAGUAAGUGAUUCUGAAGACAGUUGCAGAGACCAAUAUGAACCAAUAAGGAAAUUAGCAAUGGUCCAAAUCCAUCCUCCGAGAAAUCCAAACAAACCAUUUACAUCAUUUUGUAUAAAGGAUAUACUGUCAUCAAACAAUGUGUCUCAUCAUCAAAGAAACUUUCAUUUUAAUAAUUGUGCAAAUUCAAGAAUUGUGCGCCCUUGGGACAUUCGUUCAAGUUCUGGAAGAGAUAGUGAACUUUCAUCGGAUGCAGAAGAUGAAGAAAUAAAUGUUGAUGAUGACGAACCGGUCCACCAGAUUAACAAAUCGAACAAAGUGUCUCCCCUAGAUGCACUGAUGGAAAUGGCAAACAAAACAUUUGAGGGUCUAGAAACAGCGGAAUCUGCAGAAACAAAAAGAAGAGAACAGGCUGCUUUAUUUGGUAAACAUCAGCCUCCUAAAAAAAGGAGAAAGUCGAGAACCGCAUUUACAAAUCAACAAAUUUACGAACUAGAAAAAAGAUUUCUGUAUCAAAAAUAUUUGACUCCUGCAGACAGGGAUGAAAUAGCUCAAACUCUGGGCCUAACCAACGCACAAGUCAUAACUUGGUUUCAAAAUAGAAGAGCAAAACUCAAAAGAGACCUCGAAGAACUUAAAAAUGACGUUACAGCCGCUAAUUCUGCUGGAGAAGAAACUGUAAAAGCUCUUCUUAAUAGUGACGACGAUUCACGUGACAGUUCAUGGAGCCAUUCUCCUCCUAAAGUCAAAAAGACAUGUGUAUCUGAAACUGUUUCACAUGAGAGUGACAAACCUUUUUCAGAAAUAAAAGAAUCUACGUCAGGAAAGUCAAAAACGAUAUUUGAAAAACCCGAAAAACAGUCGGAAGGGGAUGAUUCCUCAGGAAAUGAAUCGGAUGAUAAUUCUUCGUAGUUAUUGUUUAUUUAUUAUUUGGAUGUUUGUAAUGUUUUUUGCAUAUCAUCAUUAUAUAUUGUGACUUCAUGAUAAAUAGUCCCCCAUUUUAUGUGAAAAUAGACAAAGUAAAUAGACAAGAGGGUCUGAGUGAUGAAUCUUAUGAAAUCCAACACACGUUUAUCAGAAUAUAUCAUUCUAAUGUCUUGCAUAUACACGUUGAAAUAAAAGAACUCGCAAUUUUA